AUGGUGCGCCAUUGUUCGCUUCUUCUCGUGUUCCUGUUCUGUAUCCACAACGUUGCACGUGUGGACGCCGUCAGUUUAAACAAACGGUCAUCCCUAUUUAACAACCAGCCGUCAAAGAACUGGGUUGUCCUGGCUGCUGGUUCGAACACCUGGGAAAAUUAUCGACAUCAAGCGGACGUAUUUCACGCAUAUCAAUUGGUGCGUAAAAACAAUGUUCCACCGGAGAAUAUAAUUACCUUCGCCUACGAUGAUAUUGCCAACAAUCCCAAAAAUCCGUUUAAAGGCAAAGUGUUCCAUGACUACGAGCACGAAGACGUCUACAACGGUGUGGUUAUUGACUACCGUGGAAAAGAUGUCACACGGGAUAAUUUCGUGAAAGUGCUGAAAGGGGAUAAGAAACUUGAAGCCAACGAGAAAAAGGUGCUGAAAAGCGGUCCUGAUGACAACGUGUUCAUCUUCUUCUCUGGCCAUGGUGCGGUUUCCCACAUUGGCUUCCUAGAAGAAUAUCUGUAUGCCAUGGAGCUGAACGAUACCCUCGCCUACAUGCAUUCAAAAAAAAUGUUCAACAAAUUGGUGCUGUACAUGGAGGCUUGCUACUCUGGCUCUAUGUUUAAAGAUGUUCUUCCUUCAAAUAUGGGAAUCUACGCGACAACCUCAGCCAAGGAAGAUGAAAAAUCCCACGCUAUUUUUUGUUUUGACCCAACAAUCCGUGUAUGUUUGGCGAACGUUUUCUCGGAUGCUUGGAUUGCAGAUUCGGAACAGCAUAACAUAAAAAAGCGCACACUAGAGAAGCAAUAUGGGGCGGUGAAAAGGAAGGCGUUAAGUCACGUGAUGAAAUACGGUGAAAUGCCGAAUGAUGUAGAUAGAAAGCCCCCUUCCCAGGCACAUUUGUUAUCAAACUCUCGACGCUUGAUGGAGGCCGAAACCGAGGAGGAACAUGAAGCCGCUUGGCGAAGGCUGAACCGUGCACUUCAGCUUGACCACAUCGUAGGGGAAAUGUUUCGCGACAUCGACGUGGAUGUGACAACCCACCAUAAGCCAACGAUAAAGGGUUUAUCCAAGAGGGAUGAGCUCAUGUGUUUCAAGGCACCGAAUGAUGUAGAUAGAAAGCCCCCUUCCCAGGCACAUUUGUUAUCAAACUCUCGACGCUUGAUGGAGGCCGAAACCGAGGAAGAAUAUGAAGCCACUUGGCGAAGGCUGCACCGUGCACUUGAGCUCGGCCACAUUGUUAAGGAAACGUUUCGCGACGUCGUCAUGGAUGUGACAACCCACCAUAAGCCAACGGUAAAGGCUUUGUCCAAGAGGGAUGAGCUCAUUUGCUUCCAGGCGUUAUUCGAUCAAUUCCGAACGCGCUGCUUCACAGUUCAGCAGGCAAGUUCCAGAGGUAGCCCAGGGCACAAAUCACCUAAUGGAGUUGUGCAAAGCCGGAUACAAUCCCGAAAUCCUCAUCGAGUCUGUCCACAACAUCUGUUACUAACGGGCACACAUUAUGUUAUUGCUGAUGUAACAGUUAUACUACAAAUGACCAUUUUAGCCAAGACAGCUCGCGUGAAGUUCGGUGACAACGCUGGGUCAUAA